UGGUUAAAAAAACUUUUUAUCCAUUUACUUGAUUGCAUUAAUCGUGUUGUGAGGAGGAUUGGAAAAGAGAGAAUUUCCUGAGACGAGAAGGGUGUCGACUCCCGAGUGAGAGAGAGAGAGCGAAAGGAAAAACGCUUGGUUUUCAAGGCAAAAGGCAAAAGCUCCAAAGCGGCUGUGCCAUUACUGUCAUCAACCAAACUCCCCCUUCUCCGAACACAAACAUUGGUAUAAUUUUGUGAUCAGAAGUCGGAGAUCUGACUCAAAAAGAGAGGGGAAUAAUGGUGGGAGGCGUCCAAUUGGGCGUCUUAGCGGCCUGCGUGGUGCUGUUCGUGCCCAUGGGGAUGGCCGGUUGGCACCUCAGCCGCAACAAAAUGCUAUUCUUCAGCGGCGCACUCUUCAUCACCCUCGCCGUUGGCGUCCACCUCACCCCUUACUUCCCCUCCAUUUAUGACGCCCUUUCAUCACUCUCUUCUUCCGUCGAUCGCACAAACAGUAGAGAUUCCUGUAUUUCAUUUCUUCACGACAUCUCCUUCCUCCACAAAAGCGAUAACUAUUCUUCUGUGGACUACGCUUGGGCCAAUUCCCCCCCAGUGCUCGCCUGCGACUUCCAGCGGCUCGGCCGCUCGGAUGCUUCGGAUUUGCUCAAUGGUUCGUGGGUUGUGGUUGCCGGAGACUCCCAGGAGAGGCUGAUGGCCCUGUCGCUGCUCAGUUUGGUUUUGGAUUCAGAUGAUAUGGAGGUGGUUAAGGGAGAUCUGUUCAAACGGCACAGCGAUUAUCGGAUUGUGAUGGGCCAGAUUGGGAUGAAAUUGGAUUUCAUUUGGGCGCCUUAUGUCGCAAAUUUGACUGGAUUGAUGACGGAGUUGAAGCGGAAUGGAAAUUACCCGGAUGUUUUGCUGAUGGGUUCGGGGUUGUGGCACAUGCUUCACAUCACCAACUCAUCAGAUUAUGGGGUUUCGCUGCAAUUACUGAGGAAUCUGGUGGUCUCUCUGGCGCCAAUCUCCCCCUCCCUAACAGGAGGGUCAGGUUCGGUGUCUAUAAGGUCGCCUCACUUCUUUUGGGUGGGCAUGCCAAGGCUGAUAAACUCAAUGUUAAAUACAGAAGAGAAGAGGGUGAAGAUGAGUGAUGCUAUGCUGUCUGCUUAUGAUACAGAGCUUUACCAAAGUAAGCUAUUGCGCCAAUGGGGAGGAGGGCCCUUGAUAUUACUGGAUGUUGAGUCAUUGAGUAGGAAUUGCGGCACAUCUUGUACUGUGGAUGGAAUGCAUUAUGAUGGGAUUGUUUAUGAAGCUGCUGUCCAUGUCAUGCUAAAUGCAUUGCUUAUUGAAUCUCAUCAGAAGCUUUGAAGGAAUCCAAAUAACUUCAAUGUUUAACUGAAUCCCGCCCAUGAAACUGGCUGAAUGAGUCCCCACUGUACUGAAUAGCUUUUUGGCUUUUGCAAGAGGUCAAAUUCUUCCCUCUUAUAUAUAGCAUCCUUGACUUCCGCCAGGAUUUUCCCUGGGCUUCUAGGAACAAGUUACAGUGAGAAUGAUUGGGUAUGCUAAGGAAACGGAGGGGCUAUACUAUCUUGAAACAAUUAGUGGCAGAAGUAACCAUCUUUCUUCAACUUAUUUUUCAGAAAAGUUCAGUCAAUAGAGCUCGGAUUUGGCUACACCAUCUUUGGUUGAUCAUUUUAUGAAUCAAAAUAAACUAUCCAAAAGCAUAGCAUGGCAUUCAUCAGGGCCCGGUGCUAUUGUGAGAGCUGAAUACUGAGUGCUUACUAUGGAUUUACCUCAACUUGCUCCUUGGAGACUUUUGGUUCUUUGCAUAUAUCAUGUCUUCAACAAUACCUUUGCUGGAAAGUUAUAAAGUGCUAUAGUUGGUCUAGUUUUGUUUAAGUUGUUGUGUUUCUUAGACCUAUUGUAUGGAGGUCUUCUGUUCACUCCCGGGUCUUCUCUCAUUUUCUUGGGUUCUUUAGUAACUUUGGCUGGGACUAUUUUUGUGUUAGUCUACAGGGUCCUGUAACCAUUAGUUCACUCCCAAAAUUAACAUUUAAUUUGCUAUAGAAUUGUUAUUCUAAAAAUACAUUAUUGCUUGAUCCACAGUAGAAAUCAUUAGUCAAUCUUCUUCC